AUGAAAUGUUUGUCAGUAGCCAAGCCAACAACAGUCAGUCUAUCGUUGGUGCACAACCAGACAGACUCCAAACAACUUCUCUUGGCCCUUGUGCCAGCAGACCAUCCGCUGAUGACCUAUACGAGAAUAGGGCCUGUAAACAACUUCCGUGUUCACUAUGCUUCUUCCUAUUUCGCCACUUCUAUCCAGCAUAAUGGGGAUGGCGAGUCGAAUAGAGAGUGGAGAAGAGAAAUUGGCGUAGACGGUCGAGUUUCCUGGUACAGCAGGUUGAAGCUGGCCUUGAAUGAUAUGAAGUGGGUGCAGGUAGAGGCGGAUUAG